AUGCAUUCCGCAACAUUCACUUACUUGAGUUCUGAUCGGUGAGAUCAACCGUGUAUUGCUGCUGAGAGCUAUGCAUCAUCAAAUAUUCGCUUUUACAUUGUUAAUAGUGUUCGGAUCAGUCCUGGGAUCCAUGACCUUCGAGGACAUGAAGGAAACUGCCAAGAUGAUGCGUGGUAUCUGUCAACCCAAGUACGAUAUUCCGGAUGAUGUUGCGGAGAAUGCAUCCAGUGGAAUUUUCCCGGAUACUAGGGAAUUCAAGUGCUACGCCUCAUGUUUGAUGGACCUUACUCACACCGCAAAACGAGGAAAACUGAACUAUGAAGCCGCUGUUAAGCAGAUCAAAAUGCUACCGGAUGACUACAGAGAGCCAUUUCGCGUUGGGCUGGAUUCUUGUAGGACUGCAGCAGAUGGAAUUGAUGACUACUGUGAGGUGGCAUAUACUCUUCUGAAGUGUUUCUUCACAGCAAGCCCAAAGUUUUUCUUUCCCUAACUCGGAUCUUGCUGGAAUUAAAUGCGUAAUAAAAUAAGUUUAUUUUUCAAUUUAUA